AUGGAACAACGGGUUCUCCGUCCUGAUUGGGCAGUUACUUCACUGACGGCCGAGCAACGUCGUGCAUUGGGAGUCGUCCUGGACGGUAUGAUGGACAGUUACGCUGCACUUCAUGACUCUGACGGUAAGUGCUAUUCUUCUCGUUUUUCAUCAUUUAAAUAA